AACAAAGGUAUUGGCCUUCGAUUUUGGAAUAUUUUAAUGUCAGCGCGAGGUAUUAGGCUGCACUUCACUGAAAUCCUUAGUUAUAGAGUUUCCCUAGGAAAGAAAGUCAAGCCUGCAAUAGUUGCAAAGAGAUCAUUAUGGUACAAAGAUUUCGCGAAGAGUUUCGUCUCCGAUGUUUUUCUCURAAUUACUCAGACUAUGUUUCAUUCUCUCGUUCAAAGUGGAUGCCACCUGUCAUAUAUCUGAUUUAUCGAUGGGUAGUAGCUCUCUUCUUUGUCAUCUUCUUUCUCCGUGGMCGUGUAGGAAACUGGUACACGGGCUACUUUACCGGUUGGGGYCUGGCGACUAUUACCAUUUACGUCUCUUUGUACGUGAUCCUAUGCUCCUAUCAGUUCUACCGAUCAAAAACCCACCCCAAUAUAUCRUUGGCAACAGAGAAUGAUAUACAGCCUAUUCAAWACACAGAAGAGCUACAUCCUGUGAUGGUAUGGGGUUAUAGAAUAGUUUGGAUGCUAUUCAACAUCGCUGCUGUCAAUUCUUUGAUCGUUUCUGUUGGUUACUGGGGGGCUAUUUACAGUCAGUAUUCAGAUAAAAUUGGCCUUGGGUUUGGUAAUAUUGUUGCUCAUCUGGUUAAUGCUUUAUUCAUGUUAUUCGAGGCUUGGGUAACGCCCUUUCCUGUGCGCGUUUUACACUUUGUCUACUGUCAGUUGUAUGGCCUUCUGUAUGUCACGCAAUCCGUGAUCUACUUCCUGGUCAACGGUAAAGUCUUCUAUUACUUCCUGGACUACUCGAAACCUGGACUCGCAAUUGGUUCCAUCAUUGGUGUGUUUUUUGUUCUUCAGCCUCUGGUGCAGCUGUUCUUUUAUGGGAUUUAUCGACUGAGGGAAUGGUUGCUGACCAAGUGUUCGCAUACCGAGGCUCAAGAUAAUGAUGCCAUCCCAACAUAAAUCAAAACAGUGAUGAAUUUACGUUUACGCUGUAGCUAUCGCAAAACGAUUGUCACAUGGAUUAAGAGUAAAAAAAACUUUUGUGAUUUUGCGAGGAAUAAUUUCAAURCUGUGAGAAAAGAGAGAAAGUUCAACUCGAAUGAUCUUCUUUUAUCUUUCGAUAUUAUUUCCCAGUUCAAUUUUCAACUGAGUGUUUUCGCAAGACGAUCAAGAUUUAUAUAUACAUAGUAUUUGCUAUACAACAUGUAGUUUAUAUCACAGCUGUAGUUGAAAAGCAGUAGAAAGCAUUUUUUAAUUAAAAAAUGUUUUGUUUUGACUAUUA